GUACUCCGGAAAUUCCUGGCAUUGGUUCUGACUUGCAUCGCAGAGAAAGGGAGGGAGAGAAAAAGAAAAGAAAGAGAGAGAGAGAGAAGAGAGAAGAGAGAAGAGAGAGAGAGAGAGAGAUUUUCCCUCUCUAUGGACUAAAACCCUGUCUUUCUCUUUCUCUCUCUCUCUCUCUUUAAAAUCAAAUUUCGUUCUCUGAAAUAAGGUUUCUCUCUCCUAAAUUUCUUUUCUGUUUCCUUGAUCUGCAGUUCUUCAACUCUUGUUUCUUUGUCUAUCUGCUCAAAUGGGUAUUUUCUUAUUUUGAUCAUCAUGGACCAGCCUAUUCGUAGGCUUUAGGGAAAGAUAUUGUGCACAAGGGUCCUUGACAUCUGCAUUGAGAGCGGGAUUUGGUCCGGUGAUUUUUGCCAAUUAUAACUGCUUUGAGAUUAAACUUUGAGAGAUGGGGCGAGGUAGGAUAAGGGCAAGGCUUCGCCGGAGCCAUUUUCACCCGUUUUCAUGUUUGAGACCAAGAACAGAAUGUGAUGAAGGGCCACAUCCCAUUGAAGGGCCUGGCUAUUCAAGAAUCGUUCAUUGCAAUCAACCCCGAAUGCACCGGAAAAAGCCCUUGAAGUAUUGCUCAAACUAUAUAUCCACAACAAAGUAUAACAUUGUCACUUUCGUGCCUAAAGCACUAUUUGAGCAGUUCCGUAGGGUUGCCAAUAUUUACUUCCUUUUGGCUGCCAUUCUUUCACUUACACCUGUUGCUCCAUUCUCUGCUGUGAGCAUGAUCUUUCCUUUGGCUUUUGUUGUUGGUAUUAGUAUGGUAAAGGAAGCUUUAGAAGAUUGGCGUAGGUUUAUGCAGGAUAUGAAAGUUAAUACCAGGAAAGCAAGUGUCCAUGUAGCAGAUGGUGUCUUUGGUUAUAAGCCAUGGCAGAAGAUUCAGGUCGGUGAUGUGGUGAAAGUGGAAAAGGAUCAGUUUUUCCCAGCUGAUUUGCUUUUAUUGUCUAGUAGUUAUGAAGAUGGGAUUUGCUAUGUGGAGACUAUGAACUUGGAUGGUGAGACAAACUUGAAGCCAAAGAGAGCUUUGGAAGCAACAUUGCCUUUGGAUGACGAUGAGGCUUUCAAGGAUUUUACGGGAACGAUAAAAUGUGAGGACCCAAAUCCUAGUCUUUACACCUUCAUUGGUAAUCUUGAGUAUGACCGUCAGGUUUAUCCUCUUGAUCCUAAUCAGGUUCUCCUUAGAGAUUCAAAGCUAAGGAAUACAACAUUUGUGUAUGGGGUUGUGAUAUUCACUGGUUUUGACAGCAAAGUCAUGCAGAACUCAACAAAGUCCCCUUCAAAGAGGAGCAGGAUCGAAAGAAAAAUGGACAAAAUUAUAUACAUCCUUUUCAGCCUCCUUCUACUCAUCUCGUUAAUAAGCUCAAUUGGUUUUGCAGUGAAGGUAAAGUUCCAAAUGCCAGACUGGUGGUACAUGCAACCUGCAAAACCUGAAAACUUAUAUGAUCCUAAUAGCCCAGUCAAAUCAGGUCUAGCCCAUCUGAUCACUGCUCUCAUCCUAUAUGGGUAUCUAAUACCAAUCUCUCUCUAUGUUUCAAUUGAGGUUGUGAAAGUUUGUCAAGCAAAAUUCAUUGAUGAAGACCUGAACAUGUAUGAUGAAGAAACUGGCAAUACUGCUGAAGCACGGACAUCAAACUUGAAUGAGGAGUUGGGCCAAGUGGAUACAAUCCUUUCUGAUAAAACUGGCACCCUGACCUGUAACCAGAUGGAUUUUUUGAAGUGUUCAAUUGCUGGUACUGCCUAUGGUGUGCGUUCCAGUGAAGUUGAACUUGCUGCAGCAAAACAGAUGGCCAUGGACCUUGAAGAGCAGGAUGCAGAAAUGCCCACUGGUUCCGGGCUUAAGAAUCAUUCACGUAACUCAUGGGAGAAUAGCAAUGGAGCACCAGAAAUUGAACUGGAGACUGUCAUUACUUCUAAAGAUGAAAAGGAUCAGAAAACAGCAAUAAAGGGGUUUAGUUUUGAGGACAACCGUCUCAUGGAUGGAAAUUGGCUGAAGGAGCCCAAUACAGAUGUCAUUAUAUUAUUCUUCCGGAUUUUAGCAGUUUGUCAGAGUGCUGUUCCUGAGCUGAAUGAAGAGACUGGCGUGUUCACAUAUGAAGCUGAAUCUCCUGAUGAAGGGGCCUUUCUUGUGGCAGCAAGAGAAUUUGGUUUUGAAUUUUGCAAAAGAACUCAAUCAGGUGUUAUUGUCAGAGAAAAAUACGCUCACCCAGGACAACUUGUUGAAAGGGAGUUCAAAAUUCUCAAUUUGUUGGAAUUUACUAGCAAAAGAAAGCGAAUGUCUGUAAUUGUGAAGGAUGAGGAUGGACAGAUUCUACUCCUGUGCAAAGGUGCUGACAGCAUCAUUUUUGACCGCCUUGCAAAGCACGGAAGAUUGUAUGAGGAAACUACUACUAAGCACUUGAAUGAAUAUGGAGAAGCUGGGUUACGUACUUUAGCGCUUGCUUACAAGAAGCUUACUGAGUCUGAAUAUGAUGCAUGGAACAGUGAGUUUAUGAAAGCCAAAACUUCUAUUGGUGGUGAUCGAGAUGGAAUGCUCGAGCGAGUAGCAGAUAUGAUCGAGAGGGAAUUGAUUCUUGUGGGUGCUACUGCUGUGGAGGACAAAUUGCAAAAAGGGGUGCCCCAGUGCAUAGAUAAACUUGCACAAGCUGGUCUUAAGCUAUGGGUUUUGACAGGAGAUAAGAUGGAGACUGCGAUCAAUAUAGGAUAUGCCUGUAGUUUACUUCGACAGGGAAUGAAACAGAUUUGCAUUACAGUGAUAAACUCAGAUAUGAUGGCUCAUGAUUCCAAACAGGCUGCAAAAGAGAAUAUUUUGAAUCAAAUCACCAAUGCCUCUCAAAUGAUUAAACUAGAAAAGGAUCCACAUGCUGCAUUUGCAUUAAUUAUUGAUGGGAAAACUCUGACAUUUGCUUUGGAGGAUGAUAUGAAGCUGCAUUUCUUGGCAUUAGCAGUUGAUUGUGCAUCUGUCAUAUGUUGUCGGGUCUCUCCCAAGCAGAAGGCACUGGUAACAAGGUUAGUGAAAGAAGGUACUGGAAGAACCACCUUAGCCAUAGGUGAUGGUGCAAAUGAUGUUGGAAUGAUUCAAGAAGCUGAUAUCGGUGUAGGCAUCAGUGGGGUUGAAGGUAUGCAGGCUGUGAUGGCCAGUGAUUUCUCAAUUUCACAAUUUCGGUUCUUGGAAAGACUUCUAGUAGUGCAUGGACACUGGUGCUAUAAGAGAAUUGCUCAGAUGAUUUGUUAUUUCUUCUACAAAAAUAUAGCAUUUGGUCUCACCCUGUUCUACUUCGAGGCAUUCACGGCCUUUUCUGGCCAAUCAAUUUACGAUGACUGGUAUAUGCUCUUGUUUAACGUCGUUCUUACCUCCCUGCCCGUUAUUUCACUCGGAGUUUUUGAACAAGAUGUUCCUUCUGAGGUCUGCCUACAGUUCCCAGCAUUGUAUCAGCAAGGACCCAAUAAUCUGUUCUUUGAUUGGUAUAGAAUAAUGGGAUGGAUGGGCAAUGGUCUCUAUUCCUCCCUCAUUAUUUUCUUCCUCAAUCUUGUCAUCCUGUUUGACCAACCGUUCCGAGCUGAAGGUCAAACGGCUGAUAUGGCUGCAGUAGGCACCACUAUGUUCUCUUGCAUCAUCUGUGCUGUCAACUGCCAGAUUGCACUUACAAUGAGCCACUUCACAUGGAUUCAACACCUCUUCGUCUGGGGUAGCAUUGCCGCUUGGUUCUUGUUUCUCUUACUUUAUGGAAUGGUAUCUCCAAUUUAUUCUGGGAAUGCCUACCACAUCUUAGUUGAAGCUCUUGGCCCAGCACCCAUAUAUUGGUGCUCAAUCUUCUUGGUAACAGUUGCAUGUAACUUGCCAUACCUGGCUCACAUAUCAUUCCAAAGAUGUAUCCAUCCACUGGAUCACCAUAUCAUCCAAGAAAUCAAGUACUAUAAGAAGGAUGUUGAAGAUCAACACAUGUGGAGAAGAGAGAAGUCGAAAGCGAGACAAGAAACCAAGAUUGGUUUCUCAGCAAGAGUGGAUGCAAAGAUCAGGCAGUUAAGAGGGAGGUUGAAUAAGAAGCAUUCAACCUUAAUAUCACAAAGUUAUGCAUCUUCACCCUCAUAGCCUUGUCCAAUACUUUUUCUUUUUCAUUUGGGAAAGCUUGUAGGGUUUUUAGAAGUUUGCUGUUUUUAUAUCAUGGCCCUUGUAACACUAACGAUUCAUUUGCAGUGAUUUUUUAUGUGGUUAAGUGGGGGUUGGUUCAGGUCCACUUCAUUAUACAGAAGCAUUGAGCCGUUGUACUAUGUACCUGUAACAUUUCAGAAGUUUUAACAGCCUGUGAAAAUUGUUGAUAUAUAUUACAUUUUUAUUA